UACACAUAUAUUUGUCUACAAGUAAACACGUUGUUUACAGACACUUUAGCUAUAUAACACUAAUUUAAGCUAAGGAGCUUUCUUUGGCUGAAAAAUCGACUUUUAUUUGAGCUUAAACCUAUAAACCCUCGUACUAUGACGCAUUAAUCAGUGACGGUAUUAUUGAGUGCCAAAUACUUGAUUUAGUUUCAAUGUCUAUUCAACUCUGCUAACCUUAGUAUUGAGAAAAAUCAAUAGAAAGUAAAUAAAAAUGUUACAUGCCUAAAAACGCUUUGUGGAUAUUUAAGAAACUAUAAUCAAUUUUUUUAUUGAGAGUUGACGUAUCCAAAAUGUACGGAAUCACUCAAUCAACUGUAAACAAUCAACGCUUUCGAGUUCGUGAUAUGGAUAACGAGCAAAUCAUGUCCACUUUUGGGAACAUAGGACACCUACUAAACAUCGCUGUGGAACGAUUUAUAACGAUUGGAGAGAUAAUAGCCGAGGAAAAUAUUGACAUCAAGGGAGAUAUGUACGAGGCUGCCAAGGAAGCUAGAGAUGCAGGAAAAUCAAUUGAGCGACUAUGUGAUGUAUCGCCUUUAGGUGGCAUGGAGCUUCGACACCACAUUGAGCCUCUAAAAGACUAUGGCGCCAUUAUCCUGGCGGCCAGGUCCCUACUAUCCUCUGUUACGCGAAUCCUACUGCUAGUGGACAUUAUUGUUGUGAAAAAACUCUUGACCGCCAAGAAGCGAGCCUCCGAGAGCCUUGAAAAACUGGAAUCUGUUAUGAACUUUACCGAAUUCGUGCGGGCUUUCUCUGUCUUCGGCACGGAGAUGAUCGAAUUGGCCUACCUCACUGGUCACCAUCGGAAUUCCUUCAAGGAGGAGCGGCGGCGGGCCCAGAUGUUUUCGGCUCGUCAGAUCCUGGAGAAGUCCAUUGCUAUUUUGCUAACGUCCUCGAAGAACAGCCUCAUCCACAGCGACUGUGUGAUUGUGAAGGAGAACCGCGACACGGUCUUUUGCCAGAUACGAAGGGCCAUGGACCUCAUCCACUUUGUGGUGAAGGACAGCAUUUUUGAUUCGGCUAAGCACAUGCCCUUCGACAAGCAGGCCAGCAACCCGAACUACGAGAACGAGAGCAUAUAUACGACAAUAAAGCGCAUUGUAAACCUCAUAAAAAGGUACAAAUACCAGAUGAGCUAUUACGAGAGCAACAACGAGGGGAAUAACAACUCCGACGCUUACUUUAAUUUCCUGGACGACGAUCUCUGGAAGUCGGAGAAGAACCUGGCCCCCUCAGCGGGCGGAGGCGGACGCAUGGUGAACAACACAAACUUCAGGAAGCACAUGAGUUCCGAGAGCAUGGACCUGCGCGAGGAGCUAUCGGUGGCAUUUGAGAAGCUCUUCGAGAAGGCCCACGACUUCACAGACUCGCCGUACAUAAGUCACAACCAUCGAAAGAACAUACUGUCCUACUGCGACAACUGCAAGCUGGAGUUCGACCUGUAUCUGAACACCAUCAUGAAGGACCAGCACGAGAGUGCCGGGGUCCAGGUGAAGGGUCGCGACCCGGAACUGGGGAUGCUGAGCAGUCUGGAGGAGCUGUGCAAACAGCUGGUGAUCUCCGUGUCCAGUCAAAUCGAGGACUUCAACGAGUCCCUGAAGAUCUGCUCCAAGCUGGUCAAAUCGUUCCACGUCCUGGCAACGAACUACGACAUCGACAAUCUAAACCAACGCUCUACGAAGUUCCACGACUGCUGUGACCACAUCUUCGACAUCUGCAAGCUCCUGCAGCACAUAGCGCCCACGGAAAGGCUGCAGGUCCAGGCGAAGUGCCUGGCCAUCAAUCUGCGGAUCUACGGACCGCAGGUCUUCAUAGCGGCCAAGAUCCUGUGGAAGUACUCGAACAGCAGCGCGGCCAACGAGAAUUUCGAGUCCUUUUCGGACAUGUGGAAGUGGCUAACGAACGAGAUUUCUAUGAUCGCCAAGAAGAUACUUGUAUCAAUUAAUACGACUAAGAACGACAGAGAAGCUGAAGCUGAGAAAUGUGAAAGCACAGAUAAACUAACAAAAUCCGGUGUACCUGCAACAGAAGAUGGAGAAAUGGUUGAGUAUUCUGGCCUCGAAGGCAAAAACAAUGGAGAUCUAAACACAUAUCAAUCAAAAUGGAGUGAAGACUUGUCGGACGACAACGACAUAUUAAAAAGAGCUAAGAACAUGUCAGCUAUGGCUUUCCUUAUGUAUCAGUUUACAAAGGGAAACGGUUCUUUAAGAACAACUCAGGAUUUGUUUACUCAAGCCGAAUAUUUUGCGGAGGAAGCCAAUCGACUUUACAAAGUCCUCCGCCACUUUUCAUACCAGGUUCCCGCUAGUGACAACAAAAAGGAUCUCCUUAACAUUUUAGAUAGAGUGCCGACUUUUGUCCAAGCACUUCAAUUUACAGUCAAAGACCACACGGUUGGUAAAGCUGCCACUUUUGUGAAGGUCGAUCAUGUCAUCAGAGAAACCAAAAACCUUAUGAACGUUAUAAAUAAAGUAGUAUCGAAGUGCUUUGAGUGCGCAACUAAGUACAAACUAAAUUUAACUGGGAUAACUGGAGGACUCACUUCGGAAAGGUCCAACGAGAACAUGGCCGGCGGAAUGUGCGACUCCAAAGGAACGACGAGCAGCAGCGAGGGGAGCAUGUGACAUUACGGGAUGGCUCGAAGAGCCAAAGGUGAUGCACGGAGGACGAGGGUAUCAUUUUUACUGUUCUGAGCCCAAACUUUUUAUUAUUGUAUUUAUAGUGUACACUGUUAGCAUUCUUAAUACAUUCAAUUUUGUGUAUUAGUUGAGGCCGCUUCUAGCGUUAGUUAAUGUCAAAAACUUUAUUAACAUACAAAAUCCAAUUAGUUGUUUUAACAGCACGAUCUUAUAAUGCAUAUUUUGUUUCACUACAUUCGAAAAAUAACGGCAAUAAAGGUAAUGAAUGAUGCAGAUAUGUA